CGAAUCUUAACGUGCUUGGGAUCUGUGACUGAUCGGUGAUCGACGGAGGGAGCCUCCAGCCUCUCGGAGACUUGGUCACCCAGGAUGGACGGGCCAGCGGUAUUAUCGAUGCCGUCGAUAACCGCGCCCCAAAAAUCAGCACAAUCACCACAGCAGCAGUCGCACUCGAAAUCCAAUCAGGAGUUACAGGUGAGCACGGUUUCUCUCUACGGGAUUCAUAUCGUGUCACUACUGAUCGAGGGCCAGGAGCGGCUCUGUUUGGCGCAGAUCAGCAACACGUUGCUGAAACAGUUCAGUUACAACGAGAUUCACAAUCGCAGAGUGGCGUUGGGCAUCAACUGCGUGCAAUGCACACCCGUCCAGUUGGAGAUUCUCCGUCGUGCCGGUGCCAUGCCAGCUUCCUCCAGGAGAUGCGGCAUGAUUACGCGAAGGGAAGCCGAGCGUCUCUGCAAAUCGUUCCUCGGCGACAAUUCGCCGCCCAGAUUGCCCGAAGAUUUCGCCUUUAACGUCUACCACGAGUGCUCCUGGGGAUGCCGGGGCGCCUUUCUUCCGGCCCGCUACAACAGCUCACGCGCCAAGUGCAUAAAAUGUGCCUACUGCGGCUUGUUUUUCUCGCCGAACAAGUUCAUCUUUCACUCGCACUGUAUCAGCCCGUCGGACAAAUGCGUGCCACCGGACGCGGCGAACUUCAACUCCUGGCGACGUCACAUGAAACUGUCCGGGAAUCAGCCGGACGAAGUGGUCCACGCCUGGGAGGACGUCAAAGCGAUGUUCAACGGCGGAACCAGGAAACGUUUGCUUAAUAAUCCGUCUUCGAGAGAGUCGCCCAGCCCGGCGAAAAAACGAAGAUUAUCUCCCACGGCUGAGAUAUCCGCUCUGGUUCCAUCGCCAAAGCAUCCACGAGUGCCGCCGUUCCCAGAAUUACCAACGCCGCUGUCGAGAAACCUCGUCAUGGGUUAUGUUUGGCAUCAUCAUCAGCAAGCCGCUGCCGUCGCCGCAGCCAAAACUCCAGGUUUCCCGUUCCCGCCUUACGCUUUGCCCUGGUUGGCCAAGAGAAGUCCUGUGCUAAUUCCCGGACCACUACUACCACCCAUAAGCGGUACAAGUCCCACGGAGCCACUGAUACCAACAGUGAAUCCAUCGUUGCAUCAGUCCGCCUUCCGCCCUGUCAUUCGUGGGCCACCAAUCGUCGAACCAGUGGUUCAGGAACCACAACCGGACACGUCGGUGUCAAACAACGAGGACAACUCUGACGACGAGGUGGACAUCGAGACAACGGAAGACGAUCCCGUGACACCUCUCAGCAUUACUACACAAAAUCUUAAUUCGCUUUCGAAAUCGGCCUGCAGCGUUCACAGCGGCCGCAAUUCGCCUCAAUGCUGGAGUCCGCCUCGGGAAACGGAACGAGAAGCUGAAAAAAUAGCAGAGGAAGCGGCAGCUAUGCGUGACGUGAAACUGGAACUUCAACCCACGAGAAUUCCUGAGAAUUGGCAAGGAAACAAUUUUCAUCGGUAUCUGGAUACAAUAAAUGGAAACGAGCCGACGGAGAGAACGGGCUCGGAUUGUUCGGCCUGCCGUCCACGAGGUAUAUUUUACAGGCAGAUCCAUAGCCCGUCUGCGUCCGCUAAUUAAUCGCCACCGGUGCGGUGACAAGAGACAGGAACAGCGGGAAAAAGGACGGAAGAUUGAGAAAAUUCAUGGUGAGAGUGACAGACAGAGAGAGUUAUUCAAAAAGAUAUUGUAAAUUAGGGGUCUCCGUCUCUAUUCAUGGUGAUUCACGUUACGUUUAUUUAUUUUUUACCCCAAACGCUUACAAUCGUUUCGUUAUAUUUUUAGGUUAGGAUGUAUAUUUUUCAAGCGAUGAGUCCUCCGUUUUCAUCUUCAGUAGGCUGGUGGCUCGAUCGAAGGGUGAUUGAAAUUUUUCUACCUAAUUAUUUCACGUAAAUUUGUUAUUCUGUUGCGUAAAUAAAAUAAAAUUAUUUUAGGGCUUUGCACGGUAGGUAAAACAGAGUUCUACUAUUGUCACGAAUAGUUUCUUGGUUUUAUCUUCGAUUAAAUAUAUUAAAAAUUGACAAACCUAAUACGUAGGAAACGAAAGGGUAUAUUUUUAUUUCCGUUCGGUGAAUGAACUUUUUUUUAAUUUUUAAAAAUCAUCAGUACAAUUUUGAUAAUACGAUUGAACAUUCUCUGUAUCGUAGUAAGUUUCAUCACUGUGCAUCGUUGAUCAUCGUGUAUAAAAGUAUCGGGGUACCCCUAUUGUAAAGGACGGUUUUAUAUAAUCUUCCUGUCUUUCGAAUUCUGAUUUCUGUGCUUCUGCAUUUACGUGUUCGUAUAUUGAGAAAUAAUAAUCGAUUUAAAUAAAGGGAAGGCAGUAAUGGGAACGACUGGAAUCGAGUACUGUCAGCAUUCGAAUACGAUACGUAGAAACGAUUAAAAUGUAUACAUAUAUUUAUCUAGAAUGUUAGAACUCCUGUUUUCAUUCUUCACAUUUAUACAAUGCACAAAGAAAUCGAUCGUGAUUUUUAUAUUGUAUUAUUGUAGUUGCGUGUACGUAAAUUAAUUCUGAAAUUAAUGCGAUAUCAUUACAUAGAGAAUGUAAACGAGAA